AUGGCAUUCAAGUCGCUCGUUCGAGGAAGCAUCCUGCUCAGCUUAGCAUCUAACACACUAUCAGCAGAGUCAGCAGCAUCAGACUCACUACAAGACUGCCUGCAGAACGCACAAGCAACAGUCUUCUACCCACAAUCGACAGGUUACAACGACACAGCCAAAUCACAGAACACCAACUACAACUACCAACCAGCCGCGAUCCUACAACCCAACUCGACCGAAGAGACUGCCGCCAUCGUCAAGUGUGUCGUCGCAGAGCAGGGCGCCACCAAGUUGUCGAGUUUCGGCGGAGGACAUGGCUACGCAUCUUACGCACUCGGCGGCACUGAUGGCUUCGUGGUCAUCGACGCGAGCAAGCUCCAGGACAUUGAGAUCGACGAGGCCGGAAGCACUGUUACUGUCGGCGCAGGUACCAAGAUCGGACCAGUCGCAGCGCGCAUUGGUGAGAAGGGCUUCGGUCUUCCACAUGGCACCUGCUCCAGCGUCGGCGUCGUCGGCCAUUCUCUUGGAGGUGGUUGGGGCUUCUCGAGUCGCAAGUGGGGAUGGCUCUUGGACCACAUUGUCUUCCUAACCAUUGUUGACGCCAAGGGCGAGAUCAGAGAUGUUCUCCCAUCUUCCACCGGCGCUGAUGCGGACCUCUGGUGGGCGAUGCGCGGCGCUGGAGCCAACAACUUCGGCGUUGUCACAUCCAUCACCUUCAAUGUGGAGAAAGCACCAGCAAAGUCCGUCAACUACAAGGCUAUCUUCCAGACCAACGACGAGUGCGCUGAGGCAUUGGUCGGCUUCCAAGAGUUGAGUCUUUACCCUGCCGAUGACAAUGGUCUUUCCUCGAAGCUGGGUGCCCAGCUUCUUCUGUAUGGCGAAGGAGGAAGUGAUCCGGGUGCAUGCCGAUUCCUUGGACAGUAUCUUGGUCCACUCGAGGAGUUCCUGGAGAUCAAGAAGAGAAUUGUGGACAACUUUGAGGGUAGAGGUAUCAAGAUUGGCGAGUUCAACAACACCGAAUCUGACAGCUGGGUGAAGACUCUGACAGACCUGAUGGGUGACCUCAACGCCCCACCAACCAAGGUCCCGUACUACGCGCAGUCGCUGAUGGACGAUGGCUCACCUGGAUACUCCAAGGAGAGUGCUUUAGCCAUCACUCAAGCUGUCCAGAGGACUGUCGGCCUCCAUGGCAUUGGCACAUCAAUCGCCUUCGACCUGAACGGCGUCGGCUCCGGUACCAACGCCGAGCAGCCUCACGGUGACUCUGCAUUCGCUGUUGCCGGUCAUCGCAAAGCACUCUUCCUCAGCCAGAUCUAUGUCAACGGCUACCCAGGCUUCGACAAGCCACAGGAGCAGGAGGAAGUGAACCGAGCAGUGGAUGGCGUGGUUGGCGCAGUCAAGGCUGCGAAUCCUUACGACACCUGGCAGGCGUACGUCAACUACGUUGACCCUCGUCUGCAGGAUUGGGCACAGCAGUACUAUGGCCAGGCUUUGGCUCGUCUGAAGUCCAUCAAGAAGGCCGAGGACCCGAACACUGUGUUCGACUAUGCCCAGGGCUUGGCUCACGCAUAG